UGAAACACGAACCAUACCCAUGCACUAACAACUACGAUGGACAAAUUUGUAACUGUAAUCAAGCCUGCGCGCUCCUCUCUCAAGGAAACAGAGAAAUGUACAAACUCAUCGCGAUUUACUCCAUACCCUACUUCAAAACCGAAGACCAACAAGAACUUCCCAGAUGGAAUGUUAAAGUCAAAUUAUGCAGAGGCUGUGGCACAAGACAAGGCGCGCUUGCGCCAGCUCCUAGCCCCUCUCAAAAAAGACGGUACCUCCAAACCUUCUGCUGGGGAAAUCACGAAGCACCUGCUGAACACCCUUGCGGAUGAGUCAAACCCAAUUACUCAUUCUAAUAUAUAUGAACGUUCGGACCAUGUUGUUUCGGCCGCAUCAGGCCACCAGCGCUCCGACAGGCGUGGUGGCGGGCAUGGCCGAGAGUACCUUGAUGGGCGCUCUGAGAAGCUAGAAAUCCAGAAGCAUGAGAAUGCACGCGACUUGCACUCAGUGAAAAGAGACGAAACAGAAGGGAAAAGGGGUGUGCUAAGUGGUGUGCGCGUCUAUAUCGGUGGCUACCUUGCGGGAACAACCGACAUUGAGAUGAAGCGGAUAGUUUCUGGCGCUGGCGGUGUCACGUUGCUUUCCCCUAGCGGCGCUACGCAUAUUCUCACGUCGCAACAACUCUCAGGUUCGAAGACUCAUAAACACCUCGUGUCAAAGCGCGUUCCUGCACAUGUGGUGCGGCCCGAGUGGGUAUUCGAGAGUGUGAAGGCAGGUUGUAGAUUGCGAGAGUGGGAGUUUACGGCCGUUAAGCCCGGGAACACUAUGGAUUUGGCAAAGAUGUUCGGGAACAAGAAGGAGCUGUAACUGGGAAUUUUUUGAGGCUGGUCCUCAUUGUGCGUUGAUCUCGAGAAUGUAUCGAUAUCAAUAAUUUAUUGUUAUUUUUAUUCCAAUUGCCAUCUGACGCCAAGAAAAAGAGACAAAGAUAAUAUACACUACAAGCCUAGUGGUCCUCAGUGCAGUGAUUGAAGA